CGGUGACGCCAGAGUUGCAUCGGCGGGCGGAGAGUGUUCUGUGUCGGGGGAGAGAUGAGGGUGGCCGGGCGCGAGGCAGGCCGUGCAGGGAGCCUCUUCGCCGCCCGCGGGGACCGAGGCCUAGGCGGGAAAGGAAGCAGGUGAGGGGGCGGGAGGAGGAGCCGCCGCCGCCGCCGCCGGGCCCGGGAGUCGAAGUCCACACAUCUUCAAGCUGCCGAGGUUGAGAAACGCUGGCCUGUGUGGCUAAGAAUCACGGUCUCCGCUGUUGAGGAAAAGGAUGAUUUCUCCUUAUUCAAGUAACCACUUUAAAGAGGAUCUCUGAGUGGAGUAAAUUCACAGCUGUACUUCCCUUUCUUGUCUUCAAAGAAGCAGGGAAAUUGUUGUAUGUUCUUCAGCGGGUUGGUAUAAAUCUGUGGUUUUCUCAGCAGACCGCUGAGAACAACAAGCUCUGUUGUUUCCCACGAGCACAACAUUCAACAAGCUCUGUUGUUUCCCACGAGCACAACAUUCUGAAGGAAAAGGAGCGAAGGCAAAAGAAGAAAAGGUAGAAGUUUUUGGAAGUGAAGUUUGGAAAGCAGAUGGAAUGUUCUUGUCAUAUCAUUGAUUGAUGAUGUGCCAUCAAGUCAGUGUCAACUCCUAGCGACCACAGAGAUAGAUUUCUCCAUGACGAUCUGUCCCCAACCUGUUCUUUCAAGUCUCCAAAUGGUGCACUCAUUGCCGCUGUAACUGAGUCCAUCCACCUUGCCGCUGGUUGUCCUCUUCUUCUCUUUCCUUCCGCCUUUCCCAGCAUCAGAGCCUUCUCCACAGAGCUGGGUCUUCGCAUAAUGUGUCCAAAGUAGGAUAAUUUGAGCCUGGUCAUUUGUGCCUCGAGUGAGAACUCUGGGUUGAUUUGUUCAGUGAUCCAUCAGUUUGCUUUCUUGGCUGCCUGUGGUAUUCUCAGCCUUCGCCAGCACCAAAGUUCAAAGGCAUCAAAACUCAACCUGUCCUGCUUCUGUGUCAUAUCAUUGUCGCCUAGAAAAAAGUGAGCCAUGUGGAGUGGAGGGAUUAUAUUCUACAGAAGACCCACUUCCUUGAUGCCCCUCUCCUGUCAACUGUUGGCAUCGCAUCUACCAACUUGUGGGGCCAGUUCCUCUUCGAAUUCAUUCAGUGCAACUUGUGGAAAGGGAGUGGAUUUCAUUUUAAAAAAUGAGGGAAGAAAUUAGAUAACCUUGGUGCAGAGUGAAACUAAUGAGGGGUUUCUUGACCCAAAGCUUACCCCUUUGUUAGCCCUCUUCUGGUAACCUCAAUACUGGUGCAAAAACUGCUUACUGUUGUCAACCAAUUUGGGAUAUUAGCCAGUUGUUGACCAUGACACAAAUAGCUCUGGCUUCUGUUUUUCCUGCAAUAAAUAUAUUGUACUUCUGUGCUGUGGAAAGGGAAUAGUGUUACUAGAGCACUUUUAAAAUAGAAGCAUCAAUAUCCUUUGCAGUCAUUGAGCAACAGCUUUGCACUUUUGACAAUACAACUGAUUGGCUAGAAAAAUCUUAAUAAAUGAUCAGGAAUUUCUACAAAAUCUGUGUAACGUUUCUCUUACCAAAGUAAGGGCUGGGGCCAAAUGAUUGUGAGUUCAAAUUUUCUUGAACCAGGAAUUACCUUUAGGCCAGCAAGACAUUUGCAGUUUGGGCAUAAUAACUAACUUACUAACGGUGUUGUUUAAGGUUAGUAGAUAAUAUACUUGAAGUGCUUUGAACUGUAGAAGGCUGCUUUAUGAAUGUGAGGUACAAUAAUUUUUAAUUUUCUGUUUUCUCUUGGCAUGACAAGAAAAACUGAAAGCAGAUUAUACAGGAGAUACAUUAUUUUGCAAGAUAAGUUGGAGUUAAGGAAGAAAAGAAAGAAAUCAACAUCCAUAUUGGGACUGCUUUCAUUCGUCAGCUCCUGUGGAUAAAUCUUAACUAUCCUAAUUCCUGCCCAAAGAAGAAGAUGCCUGUGAUAAUCGAUCAGCUCCAGAUGAGUCAACCAAGGGCUCUUGGCUGUCUAGAUCCUUCACAGUGUACAUGUCCUGCUGUGCUUGUUAGUAGGAUGUCCUCCUCGGCUAUCAUCUCCGUUGGUAUUGACUUUUUUGAAGUGAAACUUCUUUGAAUUUCAGCACUCCAGAGAGCCAUGGCCACCACAAAUCCUCUGGAGAACCUCCAAGUGGAAGCCAGUUGUUCUGUCUGUCUGGAGUACCUGAAAGACCCUGUGAUCAUCGACUGUGGCCACAACUUCUGCCGGGUGUGCAUCACCCGCUGGUGGGAGGAUUUGAACCGAGACUUUCCUUGCCCUGUGUGCCGAAAGACUUUCCGUCACCGCACUCUGAAGCCCAACCGGCAGCUCGGCAACAUGGUGGAGAUUGCCAAGCAACUGCAGGUUACCAACAAGAGAAAGAUACGGGAUGAGAACUUAUGUGAGAAGCAUAAUGAAGUGCUUCGCCUCUUCUGCAAGGAAGACCAGGAAGCAGUUUGCUUAGCGUGUGAGAUCUCCCACGAGCACCGUUCCCAUACAGUUGUCUCCUUGGACGAUGCCUCUCAGGAAUACAGGGAAAAGAUGCAGAAGUGCUUGGAGCCAUUGGAAAAAAAGCUACAAGAGAUUGCCCACUGCAAAUCCCGAGAGGAAAAAAAGCCUGGGGAGCUCAAGCGGAAGGUCGAGGACCGUCGCCAGCUCAUCAUUAGUGAGUUUGAGGAGCUGCAUCUAUUUCUAGCAGAGGAGCAGGAAAUACUGAUGCAGCGCCUAGAGAACGAGGAGAAGGAAAUUUUGCAGAAGUUGAAGGAAAAUGUGACAGAGUUGUCAGAACAACGGAUUGCCCUCAACAGCCUUAUCACAGAAAUUGAGGAAAAGUGUUUGCAGUCAGGCAUGGAUAUGCUCAAGGAUGUGAAGAGCACUUUUGAGAGGUGUGAAGUGGCACAGGCCCACGAGUCAAGUCAGGUCUCCGUUGAGCUGGAAAAAAAUUUCUACAAUUUUCCAAGACAGUACUUUGUCCUGCGCAAAAUUAUUAAGAGGCUCACAGAAGAUUUGACCCUGGACCCUGAAACAGCUCACCCCAACUUAGUGCUCUCUGAGGACCGCAAGAGCGUCAAGUUUGUGGAGCAGCGCUUGCGAGAUCUACCCGAUAGCCCAAGACGUUUUACCAUCUAUCCUUGUGUGCUGGCCACAGAAGGCUUCACUUCAGGCCGCCACUACUGGGAGGUAGAGGUGGGCGAGAAGACUCAUUGGGCCCUUGGAGUUUGUAAUGACUCAGUGAGCCGUAAAGGGGAGACGACCUCUCUACCGGAGACGGGCUAUUGGCGGGUACGGCUAUUCAAUGGGGACAAGUAUGCGGCCACCACAACCCCAUUCACUCCACUGCACGUCGCUAUCAAGCCUAAGCGAGUAGGUGUCUUCCUGGACUACGAGGCUGGCAAGCUUUCCUUCUACAAUGUGACGGACCACUCCCACAUGUAUACUUUUACCGACACCUUCACCGAGAAGCUUUGGCCUUUUUUCUAUCCAGGGAUCCGUGCUGGGCGCAAGAACGCAGCCCCGCUAGUCAUCCGGCCGCCCACGGACUGGGAGUGACAAAAUGGCCAAAUCCCCAUCUUCCUUUGCUAUGCUUAGCCCUUGAAUUACGUAGAGGGAGUUUUUAUAACUCAGCUUCUAAAUGGGGAAGAGCGCAGGCAUCAGUGGCCUGCCUACCAAGCAACGUCAUCCCCAACCAGAAGCAGCAAAGCAUCACAGAAGGGAAGGGCUUUCACACCAAGUGUUUAAUGUUAGGCUUCUAAUGCUAUCAAAGCAAUGUUACACUAGGAAAGUUAUGGAGAAGGCAGACCUUUCUAAAGAGCUUGUACUUUUCUGUAAUCUAAAACUUCAGGCUCUGAAAUUUUGGAUUGCAGUUAAAUGCGGGGGGAACAAAACCUCUUAAGCUUAGUCUAGUGUUUGAAACAAGCUGUACGGAUUGCAUUGGCCUUGGGCGAGGCUGAGUCAAAUGGGCGAGAGUGAAAAGACGGCCGUUCUGUGUGCUGUGGAGGGAGGUAAUCUCCCUUUGAAGGGGGUUGUGAUACAUGUUUAACUUUUGCUUCUAUAAUUAGUGGAAAUGAUCUACUCCUUGACAGCCUGUUUUUACUGGCCGGUCGAGUGGAUGCAGAAUAAAACUAUAGUGCAUAGUGAGAAUAGACCAAGGAGGCGGUAGGGAGAUCAUUCUCUUUGCCACUCCAAGCUGAUUGUUCAAAGCCACCUCUAUGCAUUGCUGACGCUUUGCUGUUCACUUGUGGCUGCAGCCAACUGGCAGAGGUGGCCUGUGAAAGAACAAGCGAUGAACCCACAAUGUUGAUUCAGCUACAGAAGGAAGCGUCUGGUGGCGUCCUUUGGCAGUGUGUUGUGCGGUUCGAAUGCAUUGUGACUGCAUCAGAAGGGCUAGUGCGCAAUAUCUCCCAGCUUGUAGUUUUUUGCCUGUGUUGUUUCAGCUUUGUAACCUCAGAUGCAAGUAGACUCCCUCAGUGGUAAGUUGAGUGGUGGGCAUCUUAUCUGUGGAUGAGACGAAUAACUUACGGUGUUUACAUCAUCAGGGAAAUGCCACAGAUUAAAAAAGACAGACAGGGAUGCAGAGAAGUCAAAUCUAGUAACUUUCAGCAGGAAUUUGAAUGUCUUCCAGUACUUCACCACAAACAUAAUCACCUGUCCUGUCCUUUCUUCAGUAUGAUCUCUAGCACCUAUGGACAGGUACAGCUGAGCCAAAAUAAGACAGGGGAGGGUGUGUUCAGUGUAAAACUUCCCACCAACCUUCUUCCCCUGCUUUCAAGCCACUAUUCUUCAAAUGCAUCUCCCCUUUAGGAGACGGGCAUUGAACGAAGCCAAAAACUGUUUGCACAUUCAGAGUCCAGGUAAAUUGGGUUGACUGUGCAGCGACGUGCCAUCAACCUGCUAGCUACGUGAUCCCCGUUGAUCCCAGAGCCUUUGCUAGCCUGUCGCCCUCUUUAUUUGUUAGGGGACAGCUUUCAUGAUUGCCAUAUAGCAUGGCCAAUGGUUGUACAUCAUGGGAACUUUAAUUCCAAGUCAUCCAGCAGCAGCAGUGGGAGGCUGUCUUCGAAAGAAGGCCUGUUUGGUUUUGUGUGAGGGUUCUGGCAGAAUGGUUUCGAAAUACAGAUGGGAAAAGAUAGCAGCAGCAAAUCUGUGGUAAACAGCAUGCACAAUAAUAAAGUGGAAGAUACCUUA